AUGGGUCGACAGCCUCCUCUGGUGGACGACUCGAUCGGGCCACAGAACCUCGCCAUCAUCACUCCCAUCUUCAGUCUCGGCAUCCUUCUCUUUGUACUUAGAAUCUACACGCGUGUGACCCCGAUUUAUAAGCUAAAUGCUUCGGACUAUACGAAUGCAGUUGCAGUAGUUGCACAAGUACUAACCUACUCAUUCUUCGCGGCGGCCGUCGGUAAUGGGUUCGGACGUCACAACCACUUUCUUACUCCUGAGAGUACUGUCAAAAUCUCGAAGCUUCUGUUUGGCGUUGUAUUUGUAGGUUUAUGGGCCUCUACCUUUGCCAGGGUCUCAAUGGCCUGCUUAUUGCUCCAAUUUCACGACCUGAGAUCAAUUAUGUGGAAGGUGGCUCUCUGGUUCACUAUCGGUUUGCAAGUAGUGACCCUUUUCGCCAGCGAAGCCUUCCAGCUGCUGGAAUGCCGCCCACUCCGACGCAUGUGGGAAGAAGUUCCAGAUGCGCAAUGUGUAAGCCCACAGGACGCUUGGGUGGUUGGAUAUCUCUUCGUUGGUACGCUUUUGCUCAAAGCAUGUCUUGGAACGGCUGUUAAUAUGUGUCUUGAUGGGACUUGGCCUUUGUGCAACUGCGGCCGGGGUGCUGAAAGUCAUUUACAUGAAGACGUCCGAUUUCACAUCUCCCGACACCUUUCGAGCGAUGAUGCCUAUCUUCCUGUGGUGUCGGAUCGAAGAAGGUCUCAUAGUCGCGGCUUCUUCCGUCCCCCUCCUCAAAGCCCCGAUUGAAAGGUGUCUUCAUCGAUUGGGAUUCCCGACUUUCCAAAAUUCGGUCAGGGAUAUGGAGUCGCUCCAUUCUCGCUGAAAUAAAUCAGAGCCCUGCGGGUACGUUUGUUGAUCGUCACCAACAAUAAAGGGGAUGAGGGCACUGGCGGAGGAAGAACUCAUGAGCGAUGGAUGCCUCACGAGCAAGUGUGGCAUACGAUUCACUACCAUAAGAGGGAUCUGCUUUUUACCACCGAUGACACCUGAGGUGACAGGUGAUUCUUGUUCUAACUACCAUGGCCCCUUACCCUAUCGUAAAAAGAGGAGUUCCUCAGCGUGGCGUUCCUGCCCCCAAUCUGGGGAUGGCCAAUCCGGUUCUGGCCAUCCUGUCGCGCCGCAACUUCAGUCGGCAUAGCAGCUAGUGGGUUCUCGGGUUCACCAGCUGUCGGGGCUUUUGGCGGGCGAGGAGGAGUUGACAUCCGGUCCU